AUGCCGUAUUGUAUUGUAAAACAUUGCAGAAACUCCUCAGGAAAUAUUAAAACUGAUUCUGGUAUAUCAUUUCAUCGAUUUCCGAAAGAUAAGAUUUUGAGAAGUAAGUGGACUAAGGCUAUAAUAAAGAAUAGAGAAGAUGAAACUUGGGUUCCAUCCCCUUACAGUGUAGUUUGUUCUGCACAUUUUGAGAAUAAAGAUAUCUAUUUCGCUAAAAGCCAUCUACGUAACCGAUUACACAAACAUGCUGUUCCAACAAAGAACUUGAUUUUUAGACCUAAAAUUAGUACUGAAAGUGACUGGUCGAUUGGUUCCAAAGAGUCCUUCAAUGAGACUUCUUUGGAUCUGGAUAUCAAACCUACCCAGUUAUUAUUUUCAACCGCUGUAAUGCCUGGCAAAUUGGACUCUGAUAAAAAGAAAAUUAAAUCUCUGCAGCAAAAAGUCCGUCGUCUAACGAAAAGUCUGUCAUCAUUAAAAGCAAAAGUAAAGGGUUUGACCAAUAUUCAUAUUCAUAAACAACAAGAUACCAGCAUUGUACCCUUUGAGUUAUUUCACAAUCUUUAUUUCCGACCAAGACGUAAAGGUGUAAGAACGUUUAGCGCAGCUACCAAAAAAUUUAGUUUAAUAUUGGAUUCUUACUCUCCACAAGGCUACGAAUACGUGAGAAAAACUUUUAACAAAUGUUUACCUCAUCGUAAAACAUUAGCUAAAUACAUUCGCCGUAAUAAAUCAGCACCUGGAUUUACAGAGGAAUUAUUGCCAAUACAACAAGACGACACAACAGAAACAGCUGUUAAUAUAACAUCACAUCUAGAAUUAUGUUGGAAAGAA